GCUUUGACCCUCCUCUCCGCCAUCGUGGUUAUUCGCGUCCGCUUGCUCUCUCCCUCACGCUCACCUGACCCUUCUGCGUCCCCUUCUGUUCGACUUUCUCCUCCUCUUUCCUUCUUCCCUUCCUCUCACUUUGAUUGAUUGUUUGCGGCAUGGUGCAACCACUCUGCAAGGACGCUUUCGAUGAUUUCUUUGGUUGCGGCGCUCGAUGCACCGCAGCUGUAUAUAGGGACAUCGAAAGGACAUCUACUCAACGCCCUCCUGUCCUCAUCGACACGGUCGACGUGUGGGACUCUGCCUUUCGGGAUGAAAGACUCAUGGGUGUUCUCAAUUCUCUAGCUUCAUUCAACCCCCUUGGUGGCCGGCGCACAAAGAGGGUCCCUGCAAAGGAGAGAAAGCAAGUGCGGUCAACGAGACACGCAGAGAAGACCAGCAAUGUCACUCGCAUCUCCUCCACCCUAGCGGUGAGGCAGACCUCCACGUUCAAGUUGAAGCAGGGGUCCUCCUUCCCCAUCCGCAGAACGGGCUCACAAGACAAGAUCAAGACCACCCACUCAUGGAACUCUAGCGUCUCCCAAGUGGAUCAGGAGAUAGCAGACCUUCGAAGAUUGUUUGAAGAGGCGAGAACAAGUGGUUAUGUCAAGUGUUGCGAUGAGAAGUUGACGUGUACAUAGCGGUGGAUAGGCGUGCCAGUGAAUAAACCAUGUG